AUGGCAACAGUAUGCCACGAGAAGAGGCAGCAGCAAGAUGAUUCCAACCAUAGCUUAGCGUUGUUGGUCUUGCAUGAACUCCAAGUGCCGAUGAUCCUGCAGACGUACAAGAACGGAUUCCAGCUCACUGAUUCUGGUUGCUAG